AUGUUUGAUUUAUACAAUCUUGUCAUGUCACUCUAUGCACCUGCGACUAUCCGAUGGGUACUUGACGUAGAGGUGUUACCACGAGAGACUCUUUUGAGAUAUUUGGACAAGGGAUUGUCUGAAAACUGUUCUGAAAUCAGUAUCGAAAGUGGUCAAUUGAGUAUUGAGCGGUUAACAGAACUGAUGGAUAAAAUACCGGUAACAAAAGGACUAAUAGUUACUUCAUGGAUUCCAUCAAAUUUUAAACAUCCAAAUGCAUUCAAAUAUCGGACUAUAUGUUAUUGGAUGGCACGAUGGGUUACUCUGGAUGACCUCAAGUCCGUCAGAAAUGCCGAUUCAGUUGUAUUAGAAUGGACAAAUUUUGAUUCUAAGGAUAUGAAUGAGUUUCUCAGAUAUUGGGUUGAUUGUAAUGAGGACAUGAUGAAGCGAAUAAAGUUAAGAAUUCGUGAGGGCGCAUUAAUCGAUAAGAAUAUUCUCACUGACCAACUUUUGGUUUUGGAAGCUACGGAAGGAGGGUCACAGCAUUACUACUUAAAAAAGAGAAAUCAUAAGAUAGGAAAGUUGGUGUUAGGUCGUUUGGAAAUCGUUAACGGGUGGCGGAUGCAGUUUUCCACAUAUGAUUCUGAUCACUGUCCUCGUUCACUAGCUAUUCUGGAAGAGAUGGAGAAAAAGGCAGAAUUGAAAAAUUAA